AUGGCAUUCAACCCUGAUUUUGUCCAUUGCACUAUUUGUGGCUUGGUGCUCCGAGGCGAUGUUGUUGCAUUUUCCGGCCCCCACUGGCCGGAACUCUGUGAUGCGCCCCCAUCUUUGAAGGUGGCAGAUGAACAAGUCACCCGUUAUGAUGCCUUCGCCAAUACUCAUCGCGGUAACCUCAUAUUCCCCCCCGAUCGCACAGAGAUACAUCCUCAAUGGGAUUAUGACGUCAAUGAGGACUCAGAGGAUCCCUCGGAAUGGGUGGGCAAGAUGUAUAUUGGCAUACAUAAAUCUUGCGAACAGCUCCUCAAUCGCGUCAUGAGCGCGUCGCCCAACGCCAAAGUCCGCUCAAUCGGAGAUUUUUGGUUAACGUUAGAACGUCGCUGUGCUAGAUCCAAGAUGGAGGAUGCUGGCAACAUUGGGAUGCAUUUUACUCCUUCCAUACCGAAUUCUCAACCUGGACAACCCUUCUCCUGCGGGCUGGAAUGUUACUAUGUACCUUUACCCAGUCUCUAUCUAUACGGAAACGAGUGGGAUGGCUGGUGGGACGAGGACCCUAUCAACAUCCCGGAUUUGACUACUGCCUUAGUUGCAAAUCUUGAGCUCGCACCGGAGCCCUCAAAAGAUGCCGAGCAGUUCAGGAACCAGAUUGAGAAGUUGCCUCAGACGGCCAAAGAUCGCAUCUGCUCCUUCUUUCAGUACGGCCAAACUUCAACUGAGUGCACCAACCUGAUGCCCCAGUCAAUGUGGAAGCAGGUAUUUUUCCAGAUUCCUUUUCUUUGGGAUGUCGAUGCUCAAAUGAUCUAUAAUACAACUGGAAAGGAAAUGACUAAGAUCGAAACGUGGAACUGGGAAAAGAUCAGCAGGCAGGUGAUGAGCCCAGCGCAGAUAUCACCUCGCGAAUCAGAGGAAGAUAACAACCUUGGCUGGAGCCACGACAAGGUGGGCCUACGUGUCCCUGGUGGAUUCACGAAUCGCCGACGAAUCUGGCAGAUUUUGGAGGAGAUGUACCCAAACGAUGUGCAGCAUUAA